AUGACCACUGACUAUACCAUUGUUGGUCUUUUACUCGCUCUUGUUGCUGUCGGUGCAGCCAAUUUAUACUUUUUUCUGACUAAACCUGUCAAUAAUAAUACGAGCAAUACAAACAACAACAAGGAAGAUUCGUUAUCAAAAGUGAACAAAGAAAAAGAAUCUCUCUCCAAAGAAUUGACCCAAGUCCGAUCGGAAAACAAAACUCUUUCUGAUGAAAUUAAAAAACUUCAAGAAGAGAAGAAGACUCUCUUGGACGAGAAGGAAAAGGCUUCGUCUUCCUCUCAAGACAACAUUGAAAAAUUAAAAAAUGACUUGAAUGAAGAGAAGAAGAAACUCUUGGAAGAGGCAAAGAAGAAGGUCGAGUCCGAGAUGGAGCAGAGAAUCAAGCAAAGAGUGGAGGAAGAGAAGAACAAAAUGAUGAAGGAAGAGAAGAAUAGAUCACAAGAAUUGGAAAAGAAGAUGAAUGAACAAGUGAAUCAAUAUAAAUUGUCGCUUGAAAAGGCUGAAAAAGAGCUCAAGUUGCAAAAACAAGAUUCCGAUAAGAGUUUGAAGGCAGUGAGUGAUGAGAAGAAGAGGAUUGAGGAUGAGAACACAAAAUUGAACACAGAUUGGAAACAAAAGAAUGAAAAGUUGCAACAAGAGUUGAACAAUAUCAAGAAACAACUCGAUGAAAAGAACAAGACUGCCCAAGAAUAUCAACAAAAGACGGAUGCUUUGCUAAAAGAGACCAAUGAGAAGAGUAAUGAAAUCAAAUUAAUUGAUGAAAAAUUGAAAGCAUCUGAAUUGUCACUUGCUGAGCUGAACAAGACACUUUCUACCGUCCAGCAAGAACUUUCCAAGGUAAAAGAAGAAGCCUCCAAGGAAAGGGAGCAUGUGGUAUCUGAACGAGACUCGCUCAAGAAUCAAUUAGAUGAAUCUGUCAAGUCUUUGAAAGAAUAUGAACAGAAACUUGCUGAUGCAGGAAAGCUGACUACCCAGUUGAGCACAAUCCAAAAGGAAAAAGAAACCUUGUCACAAGAGUACGACUCUGUAAAGAAGCAAGUGGAAUCGCUCAACAAGACUGUCGAAGAUUUGUUAUCUCAAAAACAUACUAGUUCACAAAAUCUUACCUCUUUGCACUCCAAAUUAGAGGAAUUCGAAAAACAAAAUUCUCAUCAUCUCAAGACUGUUCAAGAAAAAGAGAAUGAGCUCACACACAUCAAAGAAACCAUGCAAAAGGAAAAGGAACAACUAGAGAAAGAGCUGAGCUUGGCAAAGCAACAAAUUGAGGAUUCAAUGAAGAACAUCAAAUCACUUGAAGACAAGCUGACCGAGGCAAGCACUGUUUCUCAAAAAGUUGCUUCCUUGGAAGAGGAAAAGACAAAAUUGAGCCAACAAUCCGAACACUUGACUAAGGAAUUAGACUCUCUCAAACAAUCUAUUACUACACUUACAUCUGAGAAGCAGGUAUUGAAUGAACAAGCAAAACGUCUCCAAGAACUUUUGGAUACAAGCGUCAAACAAGUUUCAUCCUUUAAAGCUACCAUCAGUGAAAGAGAAGAAGAGAUUAAAAAGUACCAAGACGAGACAAGACAAGCACAAGAAGAAUACAAGAAAUCUCAAGAGCUCGUUCAAAGCCUUCAAAAGCAACUUGAAGAUGGAAACAAGAAUAUUUCUGUUCUCCAAACACUCCAACAAGAGAAAGAAGAGCUCACCAAGCAAGUCUCACAAUUGACUGACUCUAACAAGGACCUCAACGAAAAGAUGACCAAACUCACUACUGAGAUGGAAGAAGCCACAAAGAAGGCACAGAGCUUGGAAGAAGACAAAAACACGCAAGUCAAUGCUCUUGCGCAACAGCUUUCUGAAAAAGAGGAAAAGAUUCAACAACUUCAAAAGGCCGUUGAAUCAGCUUCUUCUUCAUCCAACGAGCAAUUAGAAUCACUCAAGGUCACCUUGAACAAGAACGAGCAAGAUUUGGCCUCAACCAAGGAAGCCUUACAAAAAGCUCAAUCUACUCUUGAAGAACAAGAAAAGAAAUCUGCUGAAAGCUUAAAGAAAGCUGAAGAUACAGUGCAAGAGUUGACAACAGAGUUGGAGAAGCUGAAGUCAGAGAAAUCUCGAUUGGAAAAUGAAGUCAACAAACUCGAGCAGGAGAAGAGCUAUACUUCCUCAUCAGAGGCUGAUUUGUCUAAAAAAGUAGCAACACUUGAAGAAGAACUUUCUAAAAAGACUUCUGAGCUUUCACAAUUGGAAGAGAGCAAAAAGAAAUUGGAGAGCGAUAGCAAGGAAAUGUCACAAAAAGUUGACACUCUUUCAAAGGAGAAGCAACAACUGUCAGAGGAGGUCAAGAAUAUCAAUGGUAAUCUCAACGCAAAAUCCAACGAGUUGACUGAAUUGAACGAAAAACUCGAAAAAGUGAAAAGCAUGCUAAAGGAUGCAUAUACAACACAGUCCAAUCUGAAAACCAACUUCGAGAAAGAAAAGCAAGAGUUGUUAUCGAAGGUCAAGAAUCUUGAAGAAGAAAAGAACAAGCUUGCGUCUUUGAAUGAAAAUUACGAAAAAACGAAAAAUAUGUUGAAGGACGCCUUCACCAAGGAAUCAAAACUCAAAUCAGAUUUUGAACAAGAAAAGCAAACACUCUUGAAACGAAUCAAUACUCUCGAACAAGAGCUUAAGAACACCCCAAAGAGUGCUCCGCCAUCUAUUCAAGUAGACACAGUACCAACUGUGCCACACACUUCCGCAACAGCAAAUAUUGAGGAAGGAUUGUCACCUGCGUUGAGCGAAACCUCGUCUGUCACUUCAACCAAGUCGUACGUAUUUGUCCAAGAACUUGAAGAUCUACUUGACAGCGUUGAGGAUGGUUCUGUAACAGAUUUAGAAUUUUCAGCAGUGAUUUGUGACUUUAAAGAUCUAGAUCGUCAGCAGCUGAUUGAUAUUGGUGAAGUGAUUGAGAUAUCAUCACACUUGAAGAGUUUGGAUAUUUCCAACAAAGGAUGUGACGAUGCGUCUGCCAAGACCAUUUUCUCAGCACUUGCUAAGAACGAACGUAUCACAUCAGUAGACAUGUCAAACAAUACUUUGAUCGGUGACGGUUCACUUCCAGAAUUAUGUAAUUUGCUUGAGAAAAAUAAGAAGUUGCAGAGCCUUAAUCUUAUGGGCACAUCUUUCUCUGCCGAUGGCACGAGAAAGAUCCUCUCUUCACUCUUGACCAACUUUUCUCUUCACACCUUCAACUUGGAUAUUUACUGCUUGAACGAGGAUGAGAAGGCCAAGUUUGAAAAUCAUCUCAAAAACAAUAACAAACAUUAA